UAAAAUUCCUGGACUCAAAUGGGGUUGAUUUGAGCUUCACGGAUCCGCUUUUCUCGCAUCCCUCGCCCCAGGAAUGUAUCCCAUCAAGGCCCUUUGUUGUAUCCUCCUCUCCCCUCUCCUCUCCCUGUCGAGGAAACCUCAGCUAACUCGCUCCUAACUCACCCUCGCCCACUGUCUCUGGUCAGUCUGAUUUUCUCAGUCCUGGAAGCUUUUCUCUUCUCUUCUCUUCUUUGCAAAAAGACCAGAGAGGGUGUUUUUCUCCAGUAGUUGCUGUUCCUUUGGCCCCUUUGUUGGGUGAGACUCGAUAGUUAUGGGGAAAGAGAGGUAUUGGGGAGGUGGAAGACCCUCCAAAAGAGGUGGAGAUAAUCAGAAAGAGACCUCUCCUGGGUGCAUGUGCGCUGUUUUUCAUCUCUUUGAUUUUCAUCAGUUCCAGUUUGCCAUAAACCAGCAGCCUUCCUUCAAGUUCGGCUCUUCUCUUCCUGACGAACCCACCAUUCCUAAAGGAACAGAAGCACCAAGGAACAGCUUGGAACUAGAGCAGCCUCAGUUGGAACCCAACCGGAAAGAUGGUGAACUUUGUUUGGAUAUCCCAAUGGGCAUCCAAAUCAAAACCGGUGGAGACAGAAGGUCGAAGCAAGAAGGUCAUUGCUGCGACUCCUCCUCUUCUUCCGCUGCUACACCUGAAAUCGCCAGGACUCCAACUCUUGUGGCCCGGCUCAUGGGGCUCGAUCUUCUUCCAGACAGCUGCUCAUCCUCCCCUAGAGUCUCUUCAACACUUGAGAGACCCACCACGAUCCCUGGAAAGUCUCCUUCACUCUCUGGUCGACCUCGAAAGCCGCGGUCGAGCGAUCAAAAGAGCUGGUCGGAGAAUUACGGUGAUGUUAAUGCGGGAACUCGGUCUUUGCCGGAGACUCCGAGGAUGUCCUCCGCCAGAAGAUCGGUGGAUGCAGAUCGCCGUCUCUCUCUCCAUAUUAGCAAGGAGAACUUAAAUUCGAGCGAAGAAUUGGAGUUCUCGCGCUUCACUACGUUGAGGAGGAAAGAAUUCAAAUGCGAGGAUGAGAACAGAAGCCCGAGUUACUACGCGAGGCAGAUUGUGAAGCAAGUGAAGGAAAGUGUUGGAAGGAAAGUCGGAAUGGAUAUCACGAACGUGGUCAGGAACAGCGAACAAGGAAGAGACUCAAAUGUUGAAGCUGUGAAGAAGCAUUUCAAGUCCAGGAAAUCUUCCUGGAUUGGUGCGAAAGCUACGGAAGACAACUCGAGCCCAGGAAAGCAAGAACAAUCAAUGACAUUUUCUCCGAGGCUCAGACUCCUGGAGAUGAGGGAGAAGAAAAUAAGACCACCAUCGAACGUGAAAGAUCAAGUUUCUCAAACUCCAAGACCAGGUUCGUCACCACCAUCUCCAAGCAAUGUCAUUGAGCUUCAGGUGCAACCCACGAAAGGUACCGUGAAGCCGAAGCCUCAAGCUCCUGAAGGGCAAGAGCUGAACCAACGCAAGUCCUCUGAGAAAUGCAAAGCAGCGAUGGAACGGUUCAAGAAGCCGUCCAGAGCAUCGACUCUGAAUAGCAUCAGGAACAAGCAAGAGGAACUAUUUGUUCGUCCUACACAAGCUGCAGCGACAUCAUCGCCGAACGCUCCGGACAAGAAAAGGAAGAAAACUGCAUACACCGGCGACAUGCGUAGCAUCGCCGUCGCUACUCUUCUCCCAGUUAAGAGAGAUCCUUCCCCUCCGGCAACUAAAAUCCCCCAAAAGCAGGUGCAUGGUGCUCAUGCCUCAAAGCAGAGUUCGCAGUUAUCUGGUGGUUCGAGCCCGCAAGAAGCGACGCACGUUCGCGGCGCCCGAAAAGGUGAAGACGACAGGUCGAAUGCUGGCGCUUCCUCCGCCACCACCGGAGCUGUGGCAGCGGAAUUGCAGUACGUCACCCUGGUACUGAAACAUUUAGGCAUCGAAAGGCCCACAUCAUUAUUGGCCUUCACGAGGUGGUUCUCUCCAUCUCACCCGCUCGACCCGUCCAUUUUCGAACACCUCGAGCUGUCCUCCAGUACGUCCCCGACGGAUGGCGGUGCCAGCGCUGCGACCGAGAUAUCGAACGGUCAAUUACAACACAAGUGCGACAGGAAGCUCUUGUUUGAUAUCUUGGACGAGAUCUUGGUUGAAGUUUUGAAGCCUUGUCUGAAUCUGAAGCCGUGGGCAGGCGCAUUUGAACGGCACAGUCACCGUCAUCAUCACCGUCACGAUAAAGGGUCACAGCUAAUCGACACAUUAUGCACCAAAAUCAAGAGCUUUCCGAGAGCAGACUGCCGAGUCCUUGAGGACAUCGAUGCCUUGAUAGACAAGGACUUGCCUCACAUGAAGCACCAGAGUUCGAGGGCGUUGGAGGAAGAAGGGGAUGGGUUGGUGGCGGAAAUCGAGCGGGACAUACUGGACACGCUCGUCCAGGAAACGGCCGCGGCCAUGGCCAUGGCCAUGGCAUGAGGACAAACGUGGAUGGGGAGCGUGUGGACCGUACGGAAAGCGGGGUCGAGGCUGUUCAAAAGAUGACGAGACAGCCGACCCAGAAAGCAUAUGGGUCAUUCACGUGACGAGAUGCUCGAUGUGGGUCAGACCACCAGGGUGGGAUGGGGGACUCCUUGGAAAGGGCUCGGCCGAUUUCCACGUAGGACGCGGGUUUGGAAGUUCAGCUCGCGGUCGCCCCGACAGGACGCGGCCCCCGAUUGGCUCAGACCCCUUCUGGGGCAGAGGAACCCAUGCAUUUGCCUUUUGUAUAUUCUUCCGGAGGGGGAGGGGAGCCUUGUAAUUAAAGAAAAAUCUCAAUAAUAACGUUGGCGUAUUAUUACUAUA